AUGGCGGCGCCCUGCGUGGUAACGCUAGUGCUGACGGUGCUUCUGGUUCUGCUGCUGCUGCUGGGCGCGUGGAAGCGCUGGCGGCGGUGGCGGACCGCGAGCCGGCACGUGGCCGUCGUGGUGCUGGGAGACUUGGGCCGCAGCCCCCGCAUGCAGUACCACGCGCUCUCGCUGGCCAAGUGCGGCUUCUCCGUUACCUUCUUGGGGUUCUACCACUCCAAGCCCCGGGACGAGCUCCUGCAGAAUGACAGAAUUGGGAUUAUGGGCUUGACAGAACUUCAGAUGCUGGCAGUGGGGCCCCGCGUCCUCCAGUACGGAGUCAAAGUUGUCGUUCAGGCAUUGCAGCUGCUCUGGGCUUUUGUGAAGAUGGAACCCUCCACCUAUGUCUUCCUGCAGAAUCCGCCAGGCCUGCCUGCCAUCGCCGUCUGCUGGCUCGUGUGUUGUCUCUGUGGGGGCCAGCUCGUUGUGGACUGGCACAACUAUGGCUACUCCGUCAUGGGGCUGGUGCACGGCCCCACACACCCGCUGGUGCUGCUGGCCAAGUGGUAUGAGAAAUUCUGUGGCCGCCUGUCACACUUGAACUUGUGUGUGACCUGUGCAAUGAGGGAUGACCUGGCCCAGAACUGGAACAUCAAGGCCGUGACCGUCUACGACAAGCCAGCGUCCUUCUUCAGAGAGACCCCACUGGACCUGCAGCACCAGCUCUUUGUGAAGCUGGGCUGCAUCUACCCUGCGUUCAGGGCCCGCUCGGAACCCUCAGACUCAGCUGUGGAAUGGUCAGCCUUCACGGAGCGGGACUCCAGGAGCGGGCUGGUGACACACAGACCAGGGCGGCCAGCCCUGCUGGUCAGCAGCACAAGUUGGACAGAAGACGAAGACUUCUCCAUCCUGCUGGGAGCUUUAGAAAAGUUUGAACAACUGAUUGCUGAUGGAGAAAACCUUCCUUCUCUCAUCUGUGUGAUAACAGGCAAAGGGCCACUGAAGGAGCACUAUAACCGCCUCAUUGUCCAGAAGCAUUUCCGGCACGUGCAGGUGUGCACCCCGUGGCUGGAGGCUGAGGACUACCCUGUUCUGCUGGGAUCAGCAGACCUGGGCGUCUGUCUGCACAAGUCUUCCAGCGGCCUGGACCUGCCCAUGAAGGUCGUGGACAUGUUUGGGUGCUGCUUGCCCGUGUGUGCUGUGAACUUCCAGUGUUUGCACGAGCUCGUGAGGCAUGAGGAAAAUGGCCUGGUCUUUGAGGAUUCGGAGGAACUGGCCACUCAGCUGAAGACACUUUUCUCAGAGUUUCCUGAUCCUGCUGGCAAACUGAACCAGUUCCGGAAGAACCUCCAGGAGUCCAGACAGCUUCGCUGGCAUGAGAGCUGGACUAGGACCGUGCGCCCUCUCUUGGUGGACAUAUGA